AUGUCUACCCCUCCGGGAAGGGACACUAAGAACGAUGGCCCCCCUCCACCGCCACCAGCCGAGGAUCCACGCUCAAAAAUCUCUCCCUUUGUUUUGAAGCUAAGAAGCGCUCCUCCCAACUAUUAUUAUCAAGCACCAAAACCGUCUCCGAUAAUCGACUUACUUACUGCACCUACUGGCCCAUACUUCUUUUAUGGGACAUUGACUGAUCCAUCCAUGAUUGCGGAGAUUCUCAACCUAGAAAAGGAGCCUGAGCUCCGCCCGGCGUUUAUCUUGGGUUACAAGUGCAGAAUGUGGGGCCAAUACCCAGCUUUAGUUGACGCCCCGGGCUCGAUAGUUGAAGGCGCUGUGUACCUUGUCCGAACAGCAGAGGAUGGCGAGAAGCUUGCCGCCUAUGAGACAAGAAAUUACUGCACCGAGUCUUGUCUUAUUAGAUACUCAGAUAAUAAAGGACCAUCUCAAGACCUUGGAUACACGUUUAAGUUUGCCGGAAAUCCGAAUGAUUUGAGCGAAGGCACCUUCGACUUGAGGACUUGGUUGAAAAUGAUGGGAAGACAGACCGCCCUGGAUAAAUUAGAUGCUAAAAAACACAUAACCUAUUAA